AUGGAAGCCCCGAAAAUGGAUGAUGGCAAUAUCACUAUCAAGAAAGCUAGGUUUGGGAAGUGGACGAAAACUCGCCAACGAUUACUCCGUCAGUGCGAACACAAGAACUUCAUUGCCUGUCUGGUAGGAUUCUACAGCUGUCGGUGGAAGUCCUACCAGCCCAAAAAUGUUGAACCAGGGCACUGCUGUUGUGGCAUGGGGGAAGGCGCAUUUUUUACAGUGUUGGUUCUAACACUCAGCCUCUGGUUCACCUUUCUGUACAUGUGGGUGGAAGCGAAGAAUGAUUACCAUAACUUCGAUGGGUACGCCUAUGAAGGUCUAGGCUUCUGGUUUCGGUGGUCCACUGUCAUCCUGAUUUUGGCUUCUUUCUUCUUCUCCUACUUCUUGUUCUUGAUGAUUCUGGCAGUGUGUCUGUUUUUUGAGAGUCAACAACUGUAUCUCCACUGGAGUCACAAGGCAAUGACGAUCUUUUUCAUGUUUGUCUCCGUUGUCUGCUUAACCUUGAUAACCUUUCUGUGGAGGCGGCAAUGGAAUACGUUUUACCUGUCGUUUCAGAUCACUGCUCCCUUUCUCCACAUUUCCGCCAUCUUCACCAUGAUCGUCUUGGCUUGGCCGGUGGCACUGCAUUUCUUCCAGAUGCAUAACAGAGUCCUGCAGGUGUUGAUCCUUGGUCCCUACCUGAGCGUCCUCCUGUUUCUUCUCUUCAUACCCCUGGGAAUGCACUCCCCCUGCAUCCGGGAGAAGGGGACUUUGGGUCCCAAACCACAGCUGAUUGGCCACAGAGGAGCACCAAUGGUGGCUCCUGAAAACACGGAGAUGGCAUUUCUUAAAACCAUUUAUCAUGGUGGUAUGGGUUUGGAGACAGAUGUCACAAUCAGCCUCGACGGCGUGCCGUUCCUCAUGCACGACAGGACUUUGAAACGGACCACCAACAUUGACGAAGUGUUUCCCGAAUUCGUGGACCAAGAGGCCGCCUUUUUCCCGUGGGCGCAACUGGAGAAGCUGAACGCCGGGAAAUGGUUCUUCAAGAAAAGGCCGUUCUUUGGUAUGCCCCCACUCAAACGUGAGGAUAGAAUAUUGGCAAGGAGCCAGAAAAUUUUCAAGUUCGUUGAUUUUGUGACGCUUGCUAACAAGGAGAACAAAUACAUUAUCUUUGACCUUUACCGCCCUCCAAAGAAUCACCCUUACAGAGACAGUUAUAUCGAAAGAGUCUUAGAAGUGCUUCUAAAUGACUCACCGAUUCGACAAGAUUUGGUUCUGUGGCUGCCGGGUCCGUAUAGAUAUUUUGUUCAUUCCAAAGCGCCCGGAUUCCAGCAGGUCUCAUCCAGCGCAGAUUAUCUUGAGAGCUUGAAGUUUUGGAACAUUGUGAAAAUCAACGUGGACUACCGAACAGUAGCUAGUCUAGACAUUCGGACAUACGAAGAAGCUAACAUCACAACGAACCUCUGGGUGGUCAGCGAGCCCUGGUUAUUUUCCCUGGUCUGGUGCUAUGGAGUUCAUUCUGUAACCACCAAUUCUGUGCACUCCCUGAAUAAACUCAAGAAACCAUUCUUCCUCAUGACACCCCAGGAGUACCGGACUAUGUGGAUCUUAACAGACGUGGUGUCGAUCAUCUUAAUCUGUGCCAUCUUUGGCUUUUACUGGUGGAAGGGUGCAGGCAGGGCCUGCUGCAAAGAGCAGAGCAGCAUGAAACACAAGAGCGGCUCAUACAACAAAAUUGAAACAGAACUUAAUAGGAUGCCAACCGUGGCUUAAGAGGCUACCACUGGUACACCAGCUGUUCAGCGUAGACAGCCAUUUUGUCGACUAGACGGAAGAUUCU